AUAUUGCUAUCUUUGGGAAGAGAUUUAUUGCUAAAUAUGUGCUGUGCAUACAUUUAGGGCUUCUAAAUAUAUCUCUUAUACAUGCUUUCACUGCCUCGCGGAUGUAUUAUUUCUGUUUCCACUGUUCUAAACUUCUAUGCACGAAGACAAUGAUAAAAAAUAAAACCCUAAAUACAUGUAUCUUUCUUUCUUAGUUUCUGCCACUUUUUCUUAUAUCAAAGAAGCUUUUAUUGAAGACCCUUUGGAAGAGGAAAUACAUGAUCGGGCAAAAGCUGGUAUAAGUGCAGGGGGAGGUGGGGCGAGAAAGCCCUUUGGAAGGGGAUAUAAUUUGGAAAUAAAUCCUUUCUGGGUUUUUACAAGAGGGGUCUCAUUGGUCGGCUGGCAACUCGCUUAGCCAUGAUAUUUUUUAACAACUUUUCCCUUUUCCUAUCCACAACCUGCACUGCACUUCGUGGUCCAUAAUUGUGAUGCUACUACCCGUUUCAAGCUUUUCCAUCUGUGAUCAGUUCAGUUGUACACCUGGAGCUAAAUGUAUCAGUGAGGGGUCUUUAGUACCUCUGGUUAAGCUGCUGGAUUAAUAGAUAAGAGACCGAUUUUAGAAGUUUUCACUGCUGCGAAUAGGAAUACAUCUGGUUUAUGUUAUGGCUCGCAACAUAAAGAAGAAGAGGGUUCCUAAGAAAAAAAAGAAUAUUAAGAAAGAGGACGGUGCCUCAAAAUCUGUAGAACAAUCUGCCAAGGUCUGGCAGCCAGGAGUUGACAAACUUGAAGAAGGAGAGGAACUUACAUUUGAUAAAUCUGCUUAUGAUUGCAUGCAUGCAUUUGAUAUUGGAUGGCCUUGUUUAAGUUUUGAUAUAAUACGCGAUACACUGGGAUUGGUGCGCACUGAAUUCCCUCAUACAUUCUACUGUGUGGCUGGAACUCAGGCAGAUCUUGCAGUGAAUAAUGCGAUUGGAAUAUUUAGGUUGUCAAAUGUCAGUGGUAAGAAUCGAAAUCUGCAUAAAUGCAUGGAUGACAAUGAAAGUGAGAGUGAUAGUAGCAGUGAUGAAGAAGAUGGCAGUGAUGAUGAUUUAGGCGUGGAGUCCAAGAUGCCCACCUUACAGGUGCGCAAGGUUGCUCAUCAAGGCUGUGUAAAUCGUAUACGUUCAAUGGAACAGCAGCCACAUAUUGUUGCAACAUGGUCUGACAAUGGCUAUGUACAGGUUUGGGAUGUCAGCGCACAUUUGAAUUCAUUGGCAAUGUCAGAUCCAAGAAUUAGCACAGGAACUAGCAAUGUUGUACGUCAGGCUCCCUUACAUGUUUUCAGUGGACACAAAGACGAGGGAUUUGCAUUAGACUGGAGUCCUGUUACACCUGGAAGGCUUUUAUCUGGUGAUUGCAAAAGUUGCAUACAACUUUGGGAGCCUACAUCUGAUGGAAAAUGGGCUGUAGAUAAAAGAACUUUUAGAGGUCACACUGAUAGUGUUGAGGAUCUGCAGUGGAGCCCCACUGAAGCCAAUGUCUUUGCUUCCUGUUCUGUCGAUGGAACAGUAGCUAUAUGGGAUACACGAAUUUUGGAUAAACCAGCAAUUUCAAUAAAGGCACAUGAUGCAGAUGUCAAUGUUAUCUCAUGGAAUCGGCUGGCUAGCUGCAUGAUAGCAUCUGGAAGCGACGAUGGGAGCUUUUCCAUUUGGGAUCUUAGAGCAGCUAUGGGAGACUCUUGUGUAGCUAAUCAUACAUAUCAUAGGCAUCCUAUCACAUCUAUUGAAUGGAGUCAUCGUGAAGCUUCAACACUUGCGGUUUCAUCAGCUGACAAUCAGUUGACGAUAUGGGACCUUUCAUUAGAGCGUGAUGAAGAAGAAGAAGCACAGUUUAAAGCCGAAAGAAAAGAAAAUGUGGAUGCACCAGAAAAUAUACCACCACAACUACUUUUUAUUCAUCAGGGUCAAAAGGAUAUCAAAGAGGUGCAUUGGCAUGCUCAAAUCCAAGGACUCCUUAUUUCUACUGCUGCUGAUGGGUUUAACGUUUUGAAGCCAUCAAACAUACUCAAAGAUCUUGCAGAAUAGAGAGGAAUUCUUAAGUAAUAUCCAGAUACCUGGAAACAACUUUCCACCAAGUAAUUUGCAUUUUUAUUGGCUUGACAAACAAAGGGAUUUUUCUCUAUCAAAUUAAAUUAAAUGUGUUUAAAUCCUGUUUAGCUUA